CAAGGAUGGCGCGCGAACGUGCUCGUGCGCAAGUCACCUGCAUCGCAACCGCCACCCUACUCCUCGCGCAAGCUGUGUUGUCCCAACGACACCCGAUCAAGGAGGCUCUCCUGCUGCACAACGAUGCGUUCAGUAACGCCACCUUCGAGGACUGUGUCUGGAGACGGGAUAAGGAGGUUUGUCCCGAUCCAGAUGUGAACCUACAUCUGUAUACUGAAGCAGACCCUAUUAAGAAUGUUGUAGACCUAAGCAGCCAAGACUGGUUGCGACAGAGCAGCUGGGACCCAGGUCAUGAAAACAUUCUCCUGAUACAUGGCUACGCCGGGGGCGACGAUACGUUGCCGAUUGUCGUGCUUAGAGAUGCGUACCUGCGUCGUGGUGGCUACAACGUGUUCAUGUUGGACUGGGGUGCUCUGUGCCAGCCUCCGUGUUAUGUGGCAGCGGUUCACAACCUGCGCCCUGUAGCUCGGUGUGUCGCUGAAGCGUUGGCUACACUCCGACGCGCCGGCCUUCGGACUGACAACCUAACCUGUGUGGGACACUCCCUGGGAGCACAUCUUUGUGGCAUCAUCGCUAACUAUUUGACGUUCAGACUAAACAGAAUUAUCGGCCUGGAUCCGGCCCGACCUCUGAUCCGCUCAGCACCAGCUCUGCGUUUGGAUCCGGGCGAUGCUCGUGCGGUACACGUGCUGCAUACGAACGCAGGCCGCUAUGGAGAGGGCGCUCGACUUGGACAUGCCGACUUCUGUCUCAAUGGUGGAAGGAGUCAACCUUAUUGCGAAGAUACACCGAACGAGGCGCUUUGCAGUCACAUCUGGUCGAUCUGUUACCAAGCGGAGAGUUUGUUCCGAUCCCGAGACGCGGCUCCAUGUGGCAGGAGGUGUUCCGUGCGGGUGCCGCCCUCCAGGGCUUCGGCAUUACCCGUGCCUAUAGGACAACCGGCACCUAUGAGCGCCUCAGGUGCAUACUGCCUAGAAGACUUCGCGACGCCAUUUUGUCCGUACACCUCAGGGUUAAAGGAAGGUGACACGCGCUGCUGUCUGGAUGAGUUGUACGCCGCCGCUGCGACUGCUGACCCGCCGCGUAAGAGACCACGGCCUGUCAGGCUACGCGGCCCGCGGUAUAGGCAUAAUGAUAACGAUAACGAGUAUUAUACUGUAGUUUAAGCUAAUUGGGUAAGCAGGUGUUAGGGGGUGCAUUCACAAUAUUGUCAGGAAAGAAAAAUAAGUCGUGUUGUAACAGAUCCUUUGAAAAAGGCGAUUAGGUAUAUUUUAUGAUCUUAGCUGAAGUGCCAAUUACAAAAUUUUGAAAGUAGGGCUCAAAUUACAAUGAGAAUGAGAAAUACUUGCUGGACUUGUUUUGAAUUCCGAUAUGACUAGAUACAGAUGCACCCUAAAGUGUGGUAGUAAUCCUUAAGUACCAAAUUAUCUAUGUAUAGUUGAGGUCGAAGUUUUAGCUUUAAAUCUUUGUACAAAUAUUUUACGAUUUGACGUAAUAUUAAUUUUAGUCGAAUAAAGAUUACUGCAGACAAACCGGCAAAUAACGAUAAAAGCAGUGCAAAAUGUAAUGGGGAACAAUAAAAUUGAAUGUGAAUUAACCGAUUACAAAUAUUUGAUUACGGAUUUCUUUAUAACUUUGUUGUAUUUUGUAAGUGUAAAUGUGUAUAGAUUGGAGAAGUUUAGCCAAAGAAAA